AUGCAAUACAAACUCCUAAGCCCUGCAAAAUACAGACUCCUGAGCCCUGCACAAUACAGACUCUUGAGCUCUGCGCAAUACAGACCCCUGAGCUCCUCACAAAACAGACUCCUGAACUCUGCACAAUACAUACUCCUGAGCCCUGCACGAUACAGACUCCUGAGCCCUGCCAAUACAGACUCCUGA